UCGGAGCGCCUCGCCUGGAGCCCCUCCCUGCCGCCUGCGCCGCGCUCCCGCCCCUCGGGCCGAGGCUGUCACCGCGCCGGGCGCCGCCAGCAUGUUUGACAGAACGCGGCUGCCCUUCGUGGCGCUGGACGUGCUCUGCGUGCUGCUGGCCGGCUUGCCUUUUGCAAUUCUCAGUUCACGACGUACCCCCUUCCAGAGAGGCGUUUUCUGUAGUGAUGAAUCCAUCCGGUAUCCAUACAAAGAGGACACCAUUUCUUAUAAAUUAUUAGCAGGAAUAAUUAUUCCUUUCAGUGUAAUUGUUAUAAUCCUAGGAGAAACUCUCUCAGUCUUUUAUAAUAAUUUGCACUCAAAUUCGUUUGUCAGAAAUAACUACAUAGCCACUAUCUACAAAGCCAUUGGGACCUUCAUUUUUGGGGCAGCUGCUAGCCAGUCGUUGACAGACAUUGCCAAGUACUCCAUAGGCAGACUGCGUCCUCACUUCAUUGCUGUGUGCCAGCCCGACUGGGCACGGAUAAACUGCAGCCUGGGCUACAUUGAGAACUUCACUUGCCACGGGGACAAAGCAAAAAUCAAUGAGGGAAGACUUUCAUUUUAUUCUGGCCAUUCUUCAUUCUCCAUGUACUGCAUGCUCUUCGUAGCGCUUUACCUUCAGGCAAGAAUGAAAGGAGACUGGGCAAGACUCGUCCGUCCUACUAUACAAUUUGGUCUCAUUGCUGCAUCUAUCUACGUGGGUCUCUCACGUGUUUCGGACUACAAGCAUCACUGGAGUGAUGUUUUAACAGGACUCAUCCAGGGUGCAGUCGUAGCUGUGCUCAUUGUUGUGUAUGUGUCAGACUUCUUCAAAGUGAGAGGAUGUACAUUUCAACCAAAAGAAGAUUCCCAUACAACCCUACACGAGACUCCAACAAAUGGAAAUCACUUUGGCAGCAAUCAUCAACCAUGAAGAAUGACCCCAUCACCUACACUGCUCUGAAAGAAAACAAUUUCACAAGUCUAACUAUGUAAUAUAAGUAAUUGCCUUUAAGGGACUGCUGCUGCUCUUGGAUGCUCACUUUACCUGUAUAUAGUAACAUCUACCACAGUUACUGUACAUCUAAACUUAAAGUUUCAGUUGGUUCAAGCUCUUGCUUAAAAGAAAGCUAUUACAAUUGUAAAUUUUUAUUGAAAAGUUAUAUUACAUAUACUGCUGUUUGUACAUGCCUUGUUGAAUCAACUGUGGUUUAAGUAAACACCAUUAAAAGGAAUUACUUGAUAUGGAAGCCACAUGUGACAGUGAUGAGUUUGUUCCAUCAUGUCAUAUAGUUUCUGGAAGACAUCUGCUGUUACAGGUAAAGGCUUGCAGCAAACACAAUAUCUCUCUUGAUUUUUGUAAUCCCUAUUAAGAAGGAAAAAGAUAUUAAUAUCUAAGAGUCAUAACUGACACAACCACUAUUUAAAGUACGGUUAUAAGCAUGUUACAAGUAUUAAAUGGAAGUCAUUGUACAUCCAUUUUUAGCCACCCUUUAAGUCACACUUUGUAAUAAAGAUGUUAUCUGGAAAGGUAACAGCAAUGGUGCUGUUCACUAUGAAGUCAAAAAGAGAAGUUCACAUUACAAAACUAUUCACCUUCAGCCCUCACUACCUGUGCAGACCCUUCUCCCAUCACUUUUUCUUCUAACACUGCUUCAUGUACUGUGAAAAUGACAUACAUACCCUCUGCAAACUUAUUUUCCAGCUCUGUGUUCCCAAUGGCUUUUGCAGCCUGGCACAUCUGCCGAAGCAGUUCUUCUAGACGCCUCAUGCAGCGAAUUAUGCUACCUGUAUGAAAGAGCAAGGGAAAGCUUGGUGCCACAUCAUGUAACUGGUCCUGAAUUAUUCAAAGUAAUAGUUCCUUCUACAACCCUGUUCAAUUUAUCUAGAAGCCAAAUGUCUUAAACUCAGUUUCUGUUUGCACAGUAAAUUUCUCUGUGAGGCAUUUCCUUGAA